GUGGUUAUUGCGUAGUAGUAAUAGAAAUAGCAUUUGCAGAGCACCACGGUGGCUGGUUAGGCCUUUGUUGGCACACAACAGAACAGAAGCGGAAAACGGUGUUCCUCUUCUCUGCUCAUUCAAUUCCAAAAUCACUGAAUGGAUCGUCAAUGGCGUCCAAUCCAAGUCCAAAGUAAUGUGUGCCCUAUUUGCUCCCUCUCACACUUCCCUUUCUGUCCUCCUCCACCCUAUGCCUAUUACCCCGAUCACUUCCCUUAUGCCCCCGCCAACCCUAAUUUCCCACCCUAUCCCCAACCUCCUCACACUAACGCCGAUAGAACCUUCAAGAGACCAAGAAUUGACGAUAACCCUAACCCUAACAAUUUCUCCGACGACCAGCGUAGAUUAAAGCUGAUUCGCGAUCACGGAGUUGCGCUUCCGCACAGUUAUGUUAGACCCGUUCCGCAACACGUUAACCAAAACGGUUUCCGUUCGGAUUCCUUUACUUCGCACCCAUUGCAGCGUGUUCCUGAUGGCAAUUAUCAUAAUGCACCUUACCAUGAACACAUAAGUGGUGUUGGUGUGCCGCCACAACCACCUCAUGAACAUGGCAUCAACGCAAGAGUGGUUCAUCAUCAUCCUUAUCCUUACGCUACCACUUGUGGCAGUAACAGUUUUUCUGAGAGUAUGGGUUUCUUCAGGGCUCAACCUCCUCUUCCUUCUUCACCACCGCCUCCUCUUCCCAUGGAUCCAUCCAUCACAGUCAAUCAUUCUUCACACUCGAAAACGUAUUUUUCUCCACCCAAGAAACCACCUUCUCUUUUUCCCGUUCCCGUUAGUUCCUCUCCUUCGUCGUUUUCACAAGUUCCUGAACCUCACCCCCUUCCCCAACCCUACUUUCACACUAAGCCCCUUCCAGAAUAUUCCACUGGCUUUCCAUCGGAGGAACCACCGAAGCAGUACUUGGGAGAUGCGCAACCUUUUCCAUUGAAUCAAUUGUCUGCCGACAGACCUAAAUUUAUUGAUGCUUCCCAGUUAUUUCGGCAUCCGCAUCGAGCAUCCCGGCCCGAUCAUUUUGUGAUCAUCUUUCGGGGCCUUCCAGGUAGUGGGAAGAGUUACUUAGCGAAGAUGUUGCGUGAUCUUGAAGUUGAAAAUGGCUGUGACGCUCCACGAAUUCAUUCUAUGGAUGAUUAUUUUAUGACUGAGGUUGAAAAGGUUGAGGAUAGCGAGGCAUCAAAAUCUUCAAGUUCAGGCAGAAACAAGAAGCCUGUGACGAAGAAGGUCAUGGAGUAUUGUUAUGAACCUGAAAUGGAGGAGGCUUAUCGGUCAAGCAUGUUGAAAGCUUUCAAGAAAACCGUUGAGGAGGGAGUUUUCACCUUCAUUAUUGUGGAUGACCGCAAUCUGCGGGUAGCUGAUUUUGCUCAAUUUUGGGCAACUGCAAAGAGAUCGGGGUAUGAAGUUUACAUUUUAGAAGCUACUUACAAGGACCCUGCGGGUUGUGCAGCAAGGAAUGUCCAUGGAUUCACACAGGAAGACAUAGAAAAGAUGUCUAAGCAAUGGGAAGAAGCUCCGUCCUUGUAUCUGCAGCUUGAUGUGAAGUCAUUAUUUCAUGGAGAUGAUCUCAAGGAAAGCAGAAUACAGGAGGUUGACAUGGAUAUGGAGGAUGAUCUGGAUGAUGCUUUACCUCUGGUUCACAGAAGAGAAGCUGAGAAAAUUGUUGACCCUCCUGUUGGGGAAGAUGCAAAUUUCCUAAAGGAUGGGAAGAGUUGGGAUGCUGAAGGGGAACAUCCAACAGAAGUCAGGGAAUUGGGUAAAAGCAAAUGGUCAGAGGAUUUCGGUGAAGAAGACAUUGAUCAAACUGAAGGUAUGAAGGGCAAUAUUAAUGCUCUGUCUGGGUUAAUUCAUCAAUAUGGCAAGGAACGAAAAUCUGUACAUUGGGGUGAUCAGGUUGGCAACACAGGGUUUUCAAUAGGCGCUGCAAGGAAGGUAAAUGCUUUGUCUCUAGUGAUUGGACCUGGUGCCGGAUACAACCUGAAAUCAAAUCCAUUACCCGAAGAGGAUAGUCCAACCCGAAAUAGUGUUGAGCCAAAGAAGCAUAGCAUAUUUCAAGAACGAAUCCGGGCUGAACGUGAAUCUUUCAAAGCUGUGUUUGACAGGAGACGACAACGGAUUGGUGGACUUGACGUGGAAGAUGACUAAAAAAGGUGAUCUAGUGCAGAAGAUGCUCCCAAAGUAGGGUAUGGGGAGGGUAGCUGUACACACGCAGCCUUGCCUCCUAAGCAAAGAAGUUAUUUUUAGGACUUAAAACCUGUCACCAGACCGAUGUGGAAGACUGAUUCAGAAUUUUGGUUUACUUGAUGUCAGUUACAAAGACGGGUUGAACUCAUACCUUCAUGUAUUGGAGUGGUUCUAGUUAAAGUUAGUUGAUUUGUUUGGUUGGCUGGAAAAAGAAUACGAUGUCAUCAGCCUCAGCUUUUGUGAAAUGAUGUAAAAUUUUAUCAAUAAGAUUGAGGUAUGAAAUAUAAAUAUCUGACAUUAGGUCAAGUCGAGGGUAAGUUUUUCUUUUAUUUUUUCACAUCAGCACCUUUUUUUGGCAGAUAUAGAAAUUACCAACACAAAUCGUAGUAUUUUUCGGAUGAACACGCUCAUGCGUGAUGUUGAUUUCAUAGUCUAUAGAUACGAACAACGAUGUGAUUAAAAUAACUGUCUUGAGAGAAUUUGCUUGCUCUCAUGCUUUAUUUUUUCAUUUCAUAUCCUCUAUUCAUUUCAUCCCUGAUCAUCUAACUUAUGAUCAAAGGGAAAAGAAGUUAAAAAAGAGCAGCACAGAAGUGCGAGAGCUAAGAGGUC